AUGCUUGCCCGGACUUUACUGCGUUUUGAGAAGACUGGACGCACUGCGCGUGGGGUGGAUUUUUUGCGCAAUCGUUUUACGAAUAAGGCUUCUGCCUUUACAAGGAAGGAACGUGAGCAUCUUGGCGUUGUUGGUCUCCUGCCUCCUGCGGUGGAGUCCAUCGAUGACCAAGUGGAGCGUGUCUGGGUGCAAUUUAAUCUUCUCAGCUCCCCAAUCAACAGGUACCAAUUACUUCGUGGUAUCAUGGACAUAAAUGUGACUCUGUUCUAUAAAUUUGUUCAGAAACACAUCAAGGAAACACUGCCUGUCAUUUACACUCCAACAGUUGGUGAGGCAUGUGAGCGUUACGGUGCCAUUUUUAUGAGAGACCAUGGGCUGUACGUGAGCAUGCAGGAAAGGGGAAAUAUUCGGCAGUGUUUGAAAAAUCUUCGUAAACCCAACAUUGAUAUUAUGGUCGUCACGGAUGGCUCCCGCAUUCUUGGCCUGGGCGAUCUUGGGGCUAACGGCAUGGGUAUCAGCAUUGGCAAGUGCUCUCUGUAUGUUGCGGGUGCGGGCAUCAGACCAAGUCGCGUCCUGCCUGUCAUGUUAGACGUUGGCACGAACAACGAAAAACUUCGCAACGAUCCAUUGUACCUUGGACAACGCACUUCUCGGGCCCAGGACAGGGAGUUUUAUGAACUACUUGACGAGUUUAUGGAGGCGGCCUCUGCUGAGUGGCCCAACGCUGUCAUUCAAUUUGAGGACUUCAGCAACAACCACUGCUUUGACAUAAUGGAACGCUACCAGAAAAAGUACCGCUGCUUCAACGACGACAUUCAGGGAACGGGUGCGGUGAUUGCCGCCGGCUUUCUCAACGCGAUGCAUGUCAGUGGUGUUCCCGUGAAUGAGCAACGUGUUGUAUUUUUGGGUGCCGGAUCAGCAGCGACGGGUGUGGCGGAAAUUAUUGCAGAGCUCGCGGCCCUGGAACUUGAGACUUCUGUUGAAAAGGUCCGAAAUUCUGUGUAUCUGGUGGAUUCGAAGGGUCUGGUGACGACUACACGUGGAGACGAGUUGGCGCCGCACAAGGUUCCUUGGGCACGUACGGAUAUUGCCCCUGAACAAAACGAAUCCCUCCGUACGUUGACCGAUGUUGUGCGGCAUGUUCGUCCGACGGCGCUGAUUGGACUUGCUGCUGCCGGUGGUGCCUUUACGGAGGAGAUGAUCAAGUACAUGGCAUCAUACUGUAAGCGUCCCAUACUGUUUCCGCUUUCAAACCCCUCCAGUAAGUCGGAGGUUAACCCUGACGAUGCCUACAAGUGGACAAAUGGCACCGCAAUUGUGGCAUCUGGUAGCCCGUUUCCGUCUAGCGUCGUGGACGGCAAAGUACUGAGUCCCGCGCAAGGCAACAACCUUUACAUUUUUCCUGGCGUCGGGCUCGGGUGUGUCAUUGCACAGUCGCCAUAUAUCCCGCAGGAAGUAUUUGUCACGGCGGCGCUGGCGCUUAGUCGCCUGGUUGAUACCGAAGUUGUUCUGGCGGAGGGUAAAUUGUACCCGUCCAUUGACGGCGUCCGCAACGUGUCGAUGCACGUGGCAGUAGACGUCAUUGAGGAGCUGCAGCGCAUGGGGUUGGCAAAGAGUGAUCUGCCGAGAAACAAGUCGGAUCUCACCAACCUUGUGAAGGAGUUUAUGUGGGAGCCACAAUACCUGGAGCCGGAGUACUACCUGUCGAAGCGCUUUGAUUAG